UUGGAAUGUUUUGAUUUUUAUAGGUAUAGAACGAAAAUGCAAUUAGUAACGAUCGCCUCUAACCUUGGGCAACGCGGCAAAGCAAUAACAAUGUAAAUUUUUUAUCUUUUACGGUUAGUUUGGUUUUACAUAGAGAUUUCACAUAAAUUCAAACAAUUAUAUAAAUUAUUACGUCAAAUUUGUUAUGCAUGUUGCAACAGUUUUACUUGGAGCAUCGCUAAGUGUUAUUAUGGCUGCGCCAUUACUCACGGACCAACAAGAAUGGGAGCAAUUUAAGGUUAAAUUCAAUAGAUCGUACCCAACGGAAGAGGAGGAGACAACGCGAUUCAAAAGAUUUCAAGAAAAUCUCAAAGGCAUAAAGGAACACAACGCAAAAUACGAACGGGGAGAAACGACAUUUUUGCAGGGCGUAAAUAAUUUUGCGGAUUUAACGCCCACUGAAUUUAAGCAACGCUUCACGGGAGGAGUGUUGAAGAAACCAAAAGAUCGGCAUGUUGGCCGCCCCACCAACUCGACCGCCUAUUAUUUAACCGAUUCCUCUGAAUUUUUAAUUUAUUUACCAAUUCAACCGUCGUCUCACGAAAUGCUAGUGAAAUUGUGCCUGUUAUCCGCCUCAUUCUUGGCGAUUGCGAUGGCCGCGCCAUUAGAUUACGAGAAAACUACCGCACCGACUCUAUUAAGCGACGAAGAAGAAUGGACUCAAUUCAAGGCGACGGAAAAGAAAUCGUAUCCGACUGCCGAAGAGGAAGCGAAACGAUUUAAAAUAUUCAAAGACAAUCUCGCUUACAUUAGGGAGCACAAUAAAAAAUUCGAAAAUGGGGAGACGACUUACGUGCUGGGAGUCAACUCUUUUGCCGACUUAACCGACGAGGAAUUUCGCAUGCGAUAUACGGGCGGUAAAGUGAAGUUUAAUCAGAAAAUUUUCAACUUGUCAGCAGAGAUGUUUUUGAAAACGGCCGCUUUGCUGUUGAUUUUGAACGUAACUAUAGCGUCGAUGCAAUCCGACCAACGGUGGACCAACUUUAAGGCCGACGAAAAUAAAUUUUAUCCAAACGCCGCGGAAGACGCGAGACGCUUUGAUAUCUACCAAAAUAAUCUCGGGUUCAUUAAUAACCACAACGCCCAGUAUGAAAGGGGCCAAACUACGUACAGGGAAAAACAUGGGAAAAGCUACGAGACCGCCGACGAGGAAGCAAAUCGUUUCAAAAUAUUCCAAGACAACCUGAAGAAAAUCCGGGAACACAAUGAGAAAUUCGAAAAGGGGGAGGUGACCUGGACGCAGGGGGUAAAUCAAUUUACGGAUCUGACUCCCGACGAGUUCAAGACGAGGCACACCGGCGGAAUUUUACCACGCCCGACCGCAUUUUGAAGAUGAUUGGUGGAAGUUACAACGUAGCCGUUCUAUACCUGUGUUUUAUAAGUGCAAAAAAAACUGAUUAAAAAAUCCGACGUAAUUGAAUAAA